UUGUAGAAUAAAAAAAUAUUGUAGAUGAUAAUAUGAUUGACGAAAUGACGUUUGUUUUUCCACCAGUUAAUAAAUAAUAAUAUUGUAAUAUUGCAUUAAUUAUUAUAUUCUUAUAAUUUACGAAAUUUCUAAACAAAGUUUUUAUAAUAUUGUUAUUUGAUGAUGCUGUAUGGUUAUUUACAUUGCUAUAUGAAAGUUAUUAUAAAUUAAGUUUCUUAAUACUUUGCGAUUUUAUACUUAUAAACAGAGUAAGUGACGACAAAUUUAAAAAUUGAUAUCAUGGAAAAUAGUUUAUUGGAAGCAAUUAAGUCUGGCAAUAUGGGAUGCCAUUCAGAAUUGACCAUCAUACCUAUAUCACAGAGCUCAAAAUCCAACAGCCAGUAUGCAGUGUCUUCUACUUCCCCACAAAGUACAGUAUCAUUAUCAUUAGUACCGAAUACUAGCAGUGGAAAGUCAAAAAAUAAGCACUCACUGCCGUCAAAUGCUCAGGGAGGUGCACCCCGCAAGCGUGGGAAAUCUAGUAUGCCUCAAUUAAACCAAAUGGUGAAUGAUAUGAAUAGUUACAAUCCACUCUUGGACCUGACAAUGAAUCGCAAACAUCAUAGCUAUCCUAAUUAUAGUGCUCAAUAUGAACAACAAUGGCCAUUUAAUUUGCCGUUUAACUAUCCUGAAUUACUGAUGAAUUUUAGUCAAGUUAAUAAAAGGAAAUCAUAUGCAUAUGAACAACCUAAAGAAAAGACUGCAGUGAAUUACAACAAAGAAAACACACAAAACAAAACUAAACAUUAUAAACACGAACAUAUGCCUCCACCUUCUACUACUGCAGACCGAAUAUCUGGCCAAUUAGAAAAUGUUGAAAAAACUUUUGAUAUUGAUUCUUUAAGUAGUGAGGAUGGUUGGGCUAAAUAUAGAGAGUUGUUAACGGUUAUUGAAGAAAUGUCUGGGUCCAUCAGACCAAUUUAUACAGGUUGUAAGAACUCUACUGAAAGAUUGAAAAAGUCCAUUCAUAAAGCUAAAGCAUUAGUAAGCGAAUGUUUAAAAGAAGUCGAAAAAGUAUCUAGACAACUUUAAG